CUUGAGCUCCCCGGCCAGCGGCGGAUGACAGGGGCGCGGGAGAAGGGUCGUCGACCAGCGAUGCGUGGGCCGGCCUUCAUGUUCAACGACCACACCACCAGCAUGACCGCCGAGGAGGAGCGCUUUCUGGACGCCGCCGAGUAUGGCAACAUCCCUGUGGUCCGCAAGAUGCUGGAGGAGUCCACCACGCUCAAUGUCAACUGUGUGGACUACAUGGGCCAGAAUGCAUUGCAGCUUGCGGUGGGCAACGAGCAUCUGGAGGUGAUGGAACUGCUCUUGCGGAGGGACAACCUGGCACGCAUCGGUGACGCCUUACUCCUGGCUAUCUCAAAAGGGUAUGUUAGGAUCGUGGAAGCCAUCUUGGCCCAUCCAUCCUUCCAAGCCAGCGAGCGGCUGACGCGGAGUCCGUGUGAGCUGCAGGACGAUGACUUCUACUCGUAUGACGAGGAUGGCACACGCUUCUCGCCCGACAUCACCCCCAUCAUUCUGGCUGCACACUGCCAGAAGUACGAAGUGGUACACAUGCUGCUGUUGAAGGGCGCUCGCAUUGAGCGGCCACAUGACUACUUUUGCAAGUGCCCAGAAUGCACCGAGAAACAGGGCAAAGACGCUUUCAGCCACUCACGUUUGCGCAUCAAUGCCUACCGGGGCCUGGCUAGCCCGGCAUACCUUUCGCUGUCUAGCGAGGACCCGGUGCUCACCGCGCUGGAGCUCAGCAAUGAACUGACCAAGUUGGCCAACAUCGAGAAGGAGUUCAAGAAUGACUACCGGAAGCUGUCUAUGCAGUGUAAGGACUUUGUAGUGGGAGUGCUGGACCUCUGUCGGGACACGGAGGAAGUGGAAGCCAUUUUGAAUGGAGAUGUUACUGCUGAGAAGGAGGCGGGGAAGGGCCUUCGCUCUCUCCUGAGCAGGGUCAAACUGGCCAUCAAGUACGAGGUGAAAAAGUUUGUGGCCCACCCCAACUGCCAGCAGCAACUGCUGACGAUCUGGUAUGAGAACCUGUCGGGCCUGAGGGAGCAGACCAUCGUUGUGAAGUGCCUGGUGGUGGUGGCGGUGGCCUUUGGUCUGCCCCUACUGGCCAUGGGCUAUUGGUUCGCUCCAUGCAGUCGGCUGGGAAAUGUCCUGCGCAGCCCCUUCAUGAAGUUUGUGGCCCAUGCCGCGUCCUUCAUCAUCUUCCUGUGCCUGCUGUUGUUCAACGCAUCGGACCGCUUUCAGGGCAUCAGCACCAUGCCAAACGUGACCGUCACUGACUACCCCAUGCAGAUCUACCGGGUCAAGACCACCGAAUUCAGCUGGACCGAGAUGCUCAUCAUGGUCUGGGUCACAGGGAUGAUGUGGUCGGAGUGUAAGGAGCUGUGGACCGAGGGGCCCAGGGAGUACAUGCAGCAGCUGUGGAACGUUCUGGACUUCGGCAUGCUUUCCAUCUUCAUUGCCGCUUUCACCGCUCGGUUCUUUGCCUUCCUCCAGGCCACCAGAGCCCAGCAGUACGUCAACGAAAAGAUCCACACCACCGACCUCUCCCUAGUGACCCUACCCCCGGAGGUCAAAUACUUUACCUACGCAAGGGACAAGUGGCUGCCGUCAGACCCCCAGCUGAUCUCAGAAGGGCUGUACGCCAUCGCUGUGGUGCUGAGCUUCACACGCAUCGCUUACAUUCUGCCGGCUAAUGAGAGCUUUGGACCACUCCAGAUCUCCCUGGGCCGCACGGUCAAAGACAUCUUCAAGUUCAUGGUCCUGUUCAUCAUGGUCUUCCUGGCGUUCAUGAUCGGCAUGUUCAUCCUCUAUUCUUACUACUUGGGUGCCAAGGUCAACCCGGCCUUCACCACGGUGGAGGAGAGCUUCAAGACUCUGUUCUGGUCUAUAUUUGGACUGUCCGAGGUGUCCUCUGUGGUGCUCAAGUACAACCACAAGUUCAUCGAGAACAUCGGCUAUGUGCUCUAUGGAAUCUACAACGUGACCAUGGUGGUGGUGUUGCUCAACAUGCUGAUCGCCAUGAUCAACAGCUCCUAUCAAGAAAUCGAGGACGAUGCGGACGUGGAGUGGAAGUUUGCACGCUCCAAGCUAUGGCUGUCGUACUUUGACAACGGCAAGACACUGCCUCCUCCCUUCAGCAUCGUUCCCACUCCCAAGUCCUUCUACCACCACAUCAGGUGGAUAGUCGGCAUGCUGCAUUGCCGACAAAGGAGUGUGAAGAAGGAUCUAGAGCUGGGGUUGGACAGUUCAAAGUCCAGGCUCAAUCUCUUCACCCAGUCCAACCUACGCAUUGCAGAGUCCCACAGCAUUCUGAAACAACCCACCUGCUAUCAGCAAAUCAUGAAGCGACUCAUCAAACGCUACGUUUUGAAAGCACAGGUGGACAAAGAAAACGACGAGGUCAAUGAAGGUGAACUGAAAGAAAUCAAGCAGGACAUCUCCAGUUUACGUUACGAACUCCUGGAAGACAAGUCUCAGGCUACAGAGGAGCUGUCCUUGCUUAUCCAGAAACUGAGUGACAAACUGAACCUAGGCCCUACUACACGCUUGCCCUACAAGUGACCCACUCCCCCACCAACCCACAGUUCAAGAGAUGCAAGAGGGAAGAGUAUAUCAAAGCAGCCAACAUCCCAGCAUUUCCCCACACACUCCACAGUAACCCACUGACCAGGUUGUUUUGUAAAUGAUAAUGUGCUAUUUUGCAUGAUGGUAGUUUAAACAGACAAAAUCAGCACAAGCAAAUAGCAAAAAGGAUUGCCUCACUCUUCUGUUGUAGGGAGAGGCUGCCCUUAGAUGUUAAGAUUGGGGGAGCGGAAGCUGAUCCUAGAUCUGUGCCUAGAGGAAACUUCACCUGAAAGCUAUAAUUUUCCAUUAUGACAAAGUUUGUGUUAGUGUUGGAGAUUUUUCAGAUUAAUAUUAAAUAUUGGCGGGGGUUCUAAGCUGACAUAUGGAAUUGUUUUAAGAUGGUCAUACUAUGGAUCAUUUAGCUAUUUGAAUUAGAAUUUUUGGACCCCUUUAGGUAUCCCCAAAACAUUAUUAGAUAAAAUAUUGAAUUUGGCCUUUACUACUAUAGUCCAGAGAAACACAUUGAAUAACACAUUCAAACAGUCAACAAAUAAAUCAUGAGAAACAAGGUUUUGAAGUGUUUGUUCUAUAUCUAGGAGAUCUAAGAAAGCUCAGGGAAUAUAUAUUUUUUACACAUAUUUAACCACUUUUUUGGGUAGGCACAAAACUACCUUCAUGCUUCCAUUUUUUUGUAAAACCGGUACUGGUUACCUUCAGACAAAUCCCGUGACACUUGUGGGGGACAUAGAGCAAAACGGAAAACAUCAUAUUCGUGAGAAUCUCCUCUUUCCACACUGGGGUCAUAUAAGUUCGUAGCCCAAACGGUUCGGGCGCUACAAACAGAAGUUGGCACGUCACCGGUACCAACUUCAGACGAGUCCCCUGACACUUGUUGGGGUCGUAGAGCAAAACGGACACCACCGUUGUGUUCGUGAGAGUCUCCCCUUUCCAUAGAGCGAUAGGCAAUCCACCUACAGACGUUUUCGUGAGAUCACCAAUUUUCAGGAUGUCUCACCGCUCCAGCUCUGCCACCUUUCACCGCAGAUGCGGAAGUGCGACAUCGGCAGAUGAGGGAGUGCGACAUCGGCAGAUGAGGUGGAUUGAGAUGCGUCCAAUGCAAAGAAGCAGAUACAGUAUUUUAUGCAACAAAUAGUGCUAUAGUCUCUGUUAAGACAUAUACACUUAUGGCCGAGGGUCUGCUGGUUUUUGCUUAUGCUUUUCAAUUAAGACCGAAACAACGAGGUGAGGGGAGUUCCUUACUAGUCAGUGACCUUAGUUAAUUCAUCCAGUACAAUGGAGUAGCGAAAACCCGCAGCCCCUCGGCCCUCCGUGGAAUGUGUUUGACACGUGCCUUAGACAAUGGUUGUGUAAUACUGGUUUCAUCCCUUUCUUUCUCUCGUUAGAGAUUUUGAACCAAACAGUAGGUUUAUCUGACAAGAAUUUCCCUCAGAAAUAAAAAAUUAUCAGUCAUUGAUUAAUGUUAUUGUGAUGUUUUUUCGCCCCCAAUCCAUCUAGUUGGAAAGGCACCUUUAUUUUCUACAUAAACACUGGUCUUGUUGGUCUUAGUGUUUUGGCUAUUUUGCAGGAUUCUAGAAAUUGUAUGUUUUAGACUUGUCCAGCCCUGGUCCUGGAGUGUGUAAAAUGUGAAUACAGCCAACAGUAUAGGGGAAAAACAUAUAACCUGUAACACCUUCAUAAGAUCGACAUUAAGAUUCACAAAUUCCUAUUUCAACAGCCACAGGGUGCUCAUGUAAAUAUAAACAUAUAAAUACCAUAUAAAUAGAACUGGUAUAAUGGGCUUGAAACCCACAGCCUUUUGACUGGUAAACUCAUUAGUGCACUUAAGGCCUAAUUGAACUGCAUGGUGGACGAUCAUUCUAUUCAUUCUAAUUCUAUGGAUGUAACAGCCAUCUGACAUUAUUGUUACGAUAUACAGUAGUUGACAUUCCAUCUUAGAUGGGACUUGCUUGAGUUUUUCUCUCAGGUCAAAUGUUACAAAUUCUAUAUAUAACAUGCCUCUUGCAGUAUAUUCUAUGCUAUAACACAUAUUUAUAUGUGGGUCUCCUUAUUCCGUUUAAAAUUCCUUGUACUGCAAAUGUCAAAUACAACAUACAAGGCUUUGUCGAAUACAUUGCCACCUUAUUGAUCGAGGUCCUUGUGUGGGUCAACCUAUUUUCUCUGUGUAGAGUAGCCCUGGUGUAAAAUUGUGGAUAGAAAGUGGAUAUUGCCUCUCCGGGGCCAGGGUUGGUCAAGCAUUUAUUCGUAGGGUAAAUAUCUUUAGAUUUCCUUAAUAACCUAUGCAGGAUAUUUCAUUUCCUUUGUCCGAUAACCAUUGUGUAAUUAUACUAGGGAACAGAAACAUGCAUUGGAAUCCAUAUUGUAUUUGAUAGAAAUCCUUUCCUUAGGAUGUUCCUAGACACUGUAAAGAAUGUUUUUUCUAACUCAAUAACUGUAGCAUUUCAGUUACAGUGGGGCAAAAAACUAUUU